AUGGGCUUCACCGACCUUCUUUCUGAUGCUGGUCUCUCCAUGCUCAACAGCUGGGUGACGACUCGCUCCUACAUCGUUGGAGAUGCUCCCUCCCAGGCUGAUGUUGCCGUCUACAAGGCCAUCCAGACCGCUCCUGAUGCCGAGAAGUACGCCCACGCCGCCAGGUGGUACAAGCAUAUCGCCUCGUACGAGAGCGAGUUCUCGACUCUCCCCGGCGAUGCCUCCAAGGCUUACAGCGCCUAUGGCCCCGAGGCCACUGAGGUUGCUGUGAACCCCAAGGCCGCCGAGGCUGAGGAGGAGGAGGAGGAUGUCGACCUCUUCGGCAGCGACGAUGAGGAAGAGGAUGCUGAGGCCGUCAGGAUCCGAGAGGAGCGCCUUGCUGAGUACAGGAAGAAGAAGGAGGCCAAGCCCAAGCCCGCUGCCAAGUCGAUCGUCACCAUCGACGUCAAGCCCUGGGAUGACGAGACUGACAUGGCUGCUCUCGAGGCCUCCGUCCGUUCCAUCGAGAAGGACGGCCUCGUCUGGGGUGGAUCCAAGCUUGUUCCUCUCGGUUUCGGUAUCAGGAAGCUCCAGAUCAACGUCGUCGUUGAGGACGACAAGAUCAGCCUUGACGAUCUUCAGGAGGAGAUUGCCGAGUUCGAGGACUAUGUGCAGUCUACCGAUAUUGCUGCCAUGCAGAAGCUCUAA